AUGGUGUCCCUGUGGCCCUUCAAGGGAGAAGACAACUCUCCGGCUUCGUUCGAGAAGGCCCUUUCCACUCUUUCGACCAAAAUUACCCAGACCACCUCCCGAUUGGAUACUCACCGCCAAAAUGCCCGUCGUUUCAAAGCCCUUUGGACUCUGUACACCACCUUCGCUUACCUGCUCUACUCGAUCAUCUUGGCCCUCGUUUUAGGAUGGGAGAAUUGGGGCGUGAAGGAAUACUCCGCGGUUGCUGGCGGUCCUGUCCUGAUCUACGCUGUUCGCGCAGCAGCCAGCAAGUAUUUCGACUAUCGCAUCGGUAAAUCCCAACGGUAUCUGGAUGACCUCCAGAAACAGCGCGAUGAAACCAUUGAAAAACUCAAGGUCGCCACGAAGUACAACUCGACCCAGCAGCUGUUGGAAAAAUACGCAGGGGAGUCGCCGACACCACAACGCGCCAACAAAUCCGGCGACGAGAAACGCAAGCCGGACGCGAAACGCAAGCCCGCGAAUCCUUCACCUCCCAUCCAGCGAACCGGCCUCGCGCCUCCUCCGACGGCCAACAUCCCCAGACCGACCCCCCCUCAAUCGCCUCAACCCGCCCCCUCUCCCGACCUGCAGCUUCCUCCGUCCCCGUAUGCUGGCUCGCCCCUGCAGCAGCCUGCUGCAAAUACCCCGCAGCCGCAGUCGCCGCAACCGCCGCCUUCCGGAUUCGACGAACCCGGAUUCGCUCCCAAUGCUUUCCCCAGUGCCCCGCAAUAUGUCGAGCAGUCCCAUUGGUACGAUCGCUUGCUGGACGUCCUCUUGGGCGAAGAUGAGACACAGCCCAAGAAUCGCCUCGCGUUGAUUUGCACCACCUGCCGACUUGUGAACGGACAAGCGCCCCCGGGUAUCAAGACGCUGGAGGAACUUGGCCGCUGGCGCUGUGGCAGCUGCGGAUCCUGGAAUGGCGAAGAAAGCGAGACCAAAAAAGUUCUUGCUGGCAUCCGAAAGCCAGCCGCCGAGCGAUCAUGGGCUAAAGCCGACCCCGAGACGAAUUCUUCGAUAGGCGACGCCACUGACGAGGGCGUGAUGGUCGCAGCUAGCGAGGAUGACCUGGCGGAAUCGCGAAGCUCUGAUGGUGAGGUUCCAGUCGAGGAGGAGGAAGAAGAAGAAGAAAUUGUGCCUGAACCCGAGCCUGAGCCUCAACCUAAGCCGAAAGCGACUCGAGGGCGUCCCAAGGGCAGCAAGAACAAGAAAUGA